AUGCACUUCAAGAUUUUCAUCCUCCCCCUCAUCACCCUCGGUCUGGCCUCUCCUGCUCCCGCGCCAUCCGGUGGGCUCCUAUCUGACCUGCCCGAUAUCGUCGACAACGUCAAAGAUCUGCUUAGCCAGGACACCAUUGACGAUCUACAGACGAUUGUCAAAGGCGGUGCCGUAUUGCUGGGGGGUGAUACGCCGCAAAACCUCAGGAACCUUCUGUCCAAAGACAACAUCGACAAACUGCAGGAUGUUAUUAACAAUGCGCAUACAUUGAUCACGACGUCAUUUGUCAACGAUACUUCAGAGUUAGUGGGGGAUGCAGCACCGUUGGUUGCCGAUGUGUCGAAGUUACUCGGAGGAAUACUAGCGUCUGUUUGA